AUGAUGGGCACUCUCUUCACCUCUACAAGCACCCCACUUUACUCAACCAAAUGGACACCUGCAACAACGGGCCAGUACGCUGGCACUUGUAUCUUCAUAAUCAUCCUAGCCGCCAUUUUCCGUGGUCUCUUCUCCUAUAGGGCAAUGCAGGAGCGUGGAUGGCGAAAUGUCGAGCUCAAGCGACGACCAUUCAUAGUCUCUGGUAAGAAGCAGGACGACGAGGCAGCCAGACUUGGUGAGAAGGGUAUUGGAGCCGGCGGCGGAAAGGAGAGGAGAAGCUGGCCGUGGAGGAUCACUACGGAUGUGCCUAGGGCACUGCUCGAUACAGUAGUCGCUGGGGUCGGAUAUCUGCUCAUGUUGGCGGUGAUGACCAUGAACGUCGGCUACUUCCUUUCUGUCCUCGGUGGCAUAUUUCUGGGCAGCCUAAUGUUUGGACGUUACGCGGUCCACUUUGCACCAUAG